AUGAUAGGAGUUUAUGCACGAAAGCCAUGUCAUCCAUACGCCCAGGAACUUCAACUGGCACUGAUUUUUUCAGAGCCAGUUACACAGACAAGGCUGUAUGUUCAAGUCAUCGUUUCUCAUCAGCUGGCCCUCUCAUUGCACACUGUUGCGCCUUCAUCUCCCGCUGCAACUUCUCACGACUUUCCUCAACUUCAAACGGACCUGCGCUGGGGUUUCUCCUGCUAUAUUGAUCUGAUCCAUCGAGACUCCCACCUCUUCCGACUUUCCUAUGAAAGCACCAGGGGCUUGCGGCAGAUGUUUGGCGUAUAG